AUGGCACAUCAAAGAGAAGAUGCUGAUCGUGAGGCAUCAAGACUUCGCGGUCAGUUAGGUGAAGUGAAUUCAGAUGCAAGAACUCUACGAAUGCAGUUGAAUCGCCUUAUAUCACAAAGCAAGUCUCCAAGUGAACUUAAUGGUCUAAAGAAUAAGAACUCAUCUGAUUCCCCGAGUUGUACAAAUUGUCAGAAGCUUCAGCGUCUCAAUGAUAUUUUACAACGUAAACAGUCUAAAAUGAACAUGUUUCCUGAUGUAAUCAAUCGUCAAGGGAACAUGAUGAAUCAUGCAAGUAUUGUUUGUGAGAACAGUACAUUUACUCAGAAAGCAAUACACAAGCCCCAUGUUAUAGAUGAUCUCGUCCAAACAGAUUUAUUGGAUGACAUUCCCAAAACCGACUUGAUCCAAAAAGUUGACAUAGCUACUGACCCUAUAGAUGGAUAUAAUAACGCUUCACCAUAUCUGCCCGUGGAAAGCUGUAAAUGUAUUCAAACGGAAUCAUUUAUUGUAGGUGCGUUUUAA